AUGAUAGGCCUUUUCGAGACCAGUGAGGUUGCUUUCUUACCGAUGAAUUCCAUUUUCCGCUUCCUACGAUCUUUUUGGAAAGCAAAAGACAAAUCUGAUUCCAAAACUCCCAGCCCAUCCGAUGAGACAAAUCGACCACCCUGGGCCAGGGAGCUGGACGGUUUCUACAACUUCCGAGACAUUGGCGGCUACAGGGUCCCAGGCAACAAGGUCGUCAAAUCCGGUAUUAUAUUCCGCAGCGCCAAUAUGGACCAUGUAACACUCGCCGGAAUCCAUGCGCUACGGGACAAGCUCGGCGCCUGUUGCGUGUUCGAUCUGCGUUCCAGCGGAGACAAUGGCCAGCCGAACCCACAAAUAGGUUCGGAGCAAGGAAUCACGGUGCAUAGUGUUACAGCCAUGGAUUGGGAAAAGAGUAAAAAGCCCGUGCAAGAGCAUUUCUCCUUGCUUGCAAGCGACCUACUUGCUUCUUUUAUGGUAAUCUACCAGCACCUGGCUGUCGAAAGUGCACCGGCAUUCCGCGAAAUUCUCACACACAUCAUCAACAAACCCGGUCACCCGAUCAUCAUCCACUGCGAGCUCGGAAAAGACCGUACCGGUAUAUUCAUUGCGAUUCUUCUCAAAUUGUUGGGUGUAACGGACGGCGAAAUCGCAGAAGAUUACCACCGCACUGAGGGCCUAAUCGAUAGUCUCACCGCGGUCAAAACCGAGAAAUAUCGUCGAAGUCCAUAUUUGAAACAGCCCUUGAUUGCCAUUGAGAAACACUUUUUGGCCCCAAAGGAUGUCAUGGAAGCUUUCUUAGCUCACAUCAAUGACACCUAUGGAGGAGUUUGUGGGUACAUGCGAUUCAUAGGGCUUGAUGCGGCAGAUAUCAAUCGAAUCAGGCAGAACCUUUGUUUACCGCUGGAGUGUACACAUCAACUUAACUGGAGAUGA